AUGAGAUUCAAGAAAGGCACUAAAGUAGAAGUGUUGACCAAAUCAUCUGUUCCACCUGGUGCUUGGAGAUCUGCUGAGAUAAUAUCAGGAAAUGGGCAUUACUACACUGUCAUGUAUGAUAGUGAUGAAGGUAUUACAGAGAGGGUACCUAGGAAGAGUAUGAGACCUGAACCUCCUCCUCUACAAGUCCUGCAUUCUUGGGCUCCUGGUGACGUUCUUGAAGUUUUUGAAACUUGUUCCUGGAAGAUUGCAACAGUUUCCAAGGUUUUGGAAGAUGAUUGUGUCUUGGUUAGAUUACUUGGUUCCUCACUGAAGGUGAAGGUAAACAGGUGUGACAUUCGGGUUAGACAGUCUUGGCAAGACAACGAGUGGAUCACAGUCGGGCAGGGUUCAUCGAGAUUAAGCGCACAGACUUCAACAGGGAAGUUAGAGGGAAAGAUGAAUCCGAAUGACCAUUAUAUUUCAUCUGAGAGCAAAGAGAAACUCAAUGAGUCUAAUGUACUUUCAACUAAAGGUCCAAAGAAACGAACCUAUUCUUUGGUAGAACCACACAAUCCACUAAAGUUUCUUGAAGGAAAAGAAGAAGAAGAAGACGAUAGAGAGAGUGUUGCAUCUUCUGUUGGUAGUUGUAACAUGGCCAUUAAUGGUUUAGCUAUUGUCUCUUUCGGUCCAAUUGAAACCGGCAACUCUAGUGACACAGAGUCAUCCUCUUGUGGACACAGAAGCAUCAAGAUCAAGAAGUCUAACUUUCCAGCAAAAAACUCAGAAGCUGGUGAUGUUCAUAGGUUAGAGCUGGAUGCAUACCGAUGCAGCAUUGAGAGAUUGCACGCAGCAGGACCUAACAUAACAUGGGAACAAGAAACCUGGAUCACAAAUCUCCGUCUGAAGUUGAACAUCUCCAAUGAGGAACAUCUGAUGCAGAUAAGAAACCUCAUCUCUGAUGAUAACAGUACAGCGUACAGAUAGCAAGCGCAUCAUUGACAACUACAACUUGUGUAACAUUGAAUAAAAUGUUAGAGUGUAGGUUGUACAAAUGUCAUAUUGAAAAUGUUUACUUUUUUUUCGUGUGGUGUUGGACUUGAGGGAGACCUGCAAAGUAUAUAUUUAGUAGAUGAUUCCUGCAAGUUUAUGAGUUUCAUAUCUCAUCCUAGGGAUGGGCAUUCGGAUACUCAUUUGAGUUUGAUUCGGGUCUAUCUGGAUUUUGAGUUUUUGAGUUUAAAACUUUAAAACUCAUUCGAGUAUUUAUAAAUUUUGGU